AUGUCCUUGCCAAUUUUGAGAGCUGAAGAGAAUAUCGAUGAAAACUUUGAUGAAUCAUUGGAACAAGCCAAGAAUGAUGGUCAUUUCAAUACUUUGAAUAAAAUUUCCAUUAAUAAGGCAGCUUUUGAUAAUCCGUUGACAUUGAGAAUUAAAGACAUCAAUGAUAGUAAUAAUUUAGAAUCAACUUUGAAUAUCGCUGAGUAUUCCAAAAAAGGCCUUAACCGGGAGAAACAUGAACCAGUGAUUCCUGGCUCGUUACCAAAUGAAUUUUCCUUCAAGCACAUUAAUGUAAUUGCACAAGAAGAAGAAAAAGAAGAAGAGGAAAACGAUGAUCAAGAAUUUGUUGAUACAAAUGAGAAUGGCCAAAUUUCAACUGCUGCUUCAUCUAAUAGAGUUUUUUCCAAGAUUUCUAGUACAACUUCGUCUCCAAAUAUCACUUCAUUAUUGGAGUCUUUUUCACCAAUCUAUGGAAUAAAUAGUCAAAAUGAAUUCGUGGCAUUCAAUGACAAAAGGAAAAUUGGCAACUAUUUAGAGUCUGGGAGAGUAUCUUUACAGAUGACUGCUAAUUUUUGUAAUAACAUCGAGUUGCAUGUCAACAAGCUUGCAGAUGGACGUAUUGGGUCAGGAAAUUUACAAGAUAAUGUCACUAGUAUCCAACAGAAUUCCAAGGAGGUGAUUCCGGGAAAGUCUGAAGAAAGAAGAGAUCUAGAUGCAAAAAUUAAUAUUGUCAAGUUUGAAAAAAUUAAUGUUGUUGAACAAAUUGCACCAGAUUCGGAAAGUGAAGAAUUCAGUAUUUCAUAUGAUGAGGGAGGUGUUGAGUUGCAAGACUUGAAUUUUUCUUCUAAGAAUUAUCAAAAGUAUAAUAUUGCUGAGGACAAAGAGUUGACCAAUGAUACAGUCAAAACCAUUAAGACACGCUACAAGUCUGGGAAAAUUUCACUAUUGCCUGAUAAUGCGUCGUUGAAUUUAUUUGGACUAAAAAAGCCAAUGAAUGUUCAUGCUAUGCCGUUCUUCUGCACCACCGAUGAAAUAAUUUCUCCAGAUGAAAUGAAGUUAUUAACUAUUUUGGAUUACGAAAUCAAUAAGGAAGUAAAAUCCCAAGAUACUGAAAUGCCAAAGCUAUUUGUUCAAAGGGUUUGGAAACGUGUGAAAGAUAUGUUUACAAUAGAGGAUUAUCGAAGCAAAUAUUUAUGGGAUGAUAUAUUGCGCUCAUCGGAAGAAGGCGAACAUUCCAUACCUGCUCAACAGGGCUUAGAAAUUAACCAGUCGAUACUUUCCGUCAAUAAUACUGAUAUGCUUCCAUAUGAUAUUAAUAAAUCACCAAUAGAAGACAUGACAACUGGUGACAAAUCUAUCAAUCGCAGAGAGUAUAAAUUUAUUCCAUCAAUGAGGAGCGUUAAAAUAUAG